GCGGCGAAUCAUCGGGAGGCUGCUGUUAAUUGGUGGGAGGAAGCGGAACCGAGAGUUCGUGGGCCGCGGGGUCUAGCCGGGUGGUUUACGGCGACGAACUCCGUCCCCCACUCCGAGGCGCACACCGCUCGUGCCGGGAAGCUCUGCUUGGUUUCCUCCUCCGUGAACAUGCCUAAAGCAGCAAAGGGCAAAAGGGGAGCACAGGAGAAGAAAGUCAUCCAUCCCUACAGCAGAAAAGCUGCUCAGCUUACAAAAGAAGCACACAAACAAGAAAGAAAGGAAAAGUUGAAAAAUGAAAAGGCCUAUCGUCUCAGCGUUGUGGGUGAAAAAUUGCUUUGGUUUCAAAGUCACCUUGAUCCUGACAAAGUGGAGUACACAAGAAAAGAAGCCUGUGAGCUAACAGAAAAUUAUUUGCAGCGUUUCAGUGAUGAGUUGGAGCAGAUUGAACUGCGUAACAGUAUUAAAGGACGGCAGGCCAGACAGCACAGUUCCAGGGAAACAGCCAUCAAACAAACUAUGGAACGUGAACGACAGAUGUAUGAAGGAUAUGGGCUAGAGAUCCCCGACAUUGUGAACUGUAAGCACCUUAAAACAUUCAGUACCUGGGAUGGUGAUUUGCAGAAGCUACCAAACAUUAAAAUGAGGAAGAUAUCCAGUAAAGAUGCUCUUAGCAGUUUAACUAAGAAGGCAACAGUUGAAGCUGAGAUGGACUUGGAUGCAGAGAAACAAAUGCUUGCUGGUAUGGGAAAUGACAGUUGAAGCAAAUUGCCAACCUGCUAUUUCAGUUAGAGCUAGACUAAAUCACAUUUUGAGUGUAAAUGUGACAGGACCCAGCUAUUUUGACUAUGACCAGCACUGUAAUUUGGCCUUCAAUUCAUGAUGUAAUAAGAUGAUGUUGCAUCAUUGUCUUUUGAAAAACAUUAAAAUAUUUCAAGUUCAUAGA